CAACUUCUCAGCGAGUCCUUCUUCUCAGUUUCUGAAAAAGGUUACGAAUUAGAAAUGGCAAGUCCACAAGCCCAGGAUAUAGUUCGAUGUAGAUACUGUGAGGAGGAGCCGGCUGUCCUUCAUUGUGCUCCUUGCGGAGAUGACCUUUGUACUGGAUGUAAAGUCUUACAUCUUAAAAGUAAAGUUCCCUCUGGACACAAGAUUUUCCGCCUCUCCAAGAAAUUUCAAGCAAAGAGUCGGGUCAAAAUGUGUGACGUCCACUCAUCAAAAUCGUACGAGGCUUGUAAAGAUUGCCAAGUCCCGGUGUGUAUUGUGUGCAUUCAGGAAAUACACGGCGAACACGCUAUCGGGAAAAUACAAGAUCUUUACGAGAAACAAAAGGCCGAAAUUGCUGAGGAAUUGUCUAAGAUAAAGACACAACUGAAGUCGGAGAUCAUUCAGAGAGUAAAAGAUCUCGAUGAGGGAGAAAAGGAAGUUAAGACUUGUCAGGAAAGUAUAAGAGAGAAAAUGAGAAAGCAAGGUCAGGAUUUUAUAAAUCACAUCAUAUCCAUUUUGAAAGAAGCUUUGCAUGAUCGGAAGAAGACGAGAAAAGGAAAUCUGAGGAAGUAUUUCAGCAUAAAGAAGAAAACGAGAGAUUUGAUCAAAGCUUGGAUCAAUUGAUAGGGAAAUUCGAAGCGCUUACUAAGACAAACCAUCCUGCCGAAUUUCUGUUGUACCUUAAAGACAAUCCGCACACUUUUAGGGAAUUAACUUUUCCAGAAAAAGUAAACAUUACCAAGCCUUUGUUUACAGCCGGCAAAUUCAACAAAUCCGAAAAUGAACAUCAAUUUGGUAAAUUCAUCUCAGGUCACAUUUGCCACAUAAAAUCAUUGGACGAUACCUCAGAGCUUAAACUGCCAACUUUCAAAAAAGUAUUGGAGCGUUCGAUAAAGACAAAUGAAUUAAAAACUAAAAGAGAGAAGCUAUUGCACGUGAGAUGUCGUGAUGACCAAUCAGCAUACAUCAGUGGUCUAGAGUCAAAAAUACUAAUAAUAGACAGUUCAGGAAUAGAACUGGAUAGCAUAAGCACUGAAAAACCACCAUUUGGUCUGGCUGUGAUGCAGGAUAAAAGUCUGAUUUACUCUGAUUUUGAUAAUAAGGCUAUCUACAGAAUGUCGAUCGAUAAAAAGAAAGCAAAAUUGAUAAAUACUAUGUAUUAUCCAAGAGGACUGUGUUGUUCUAGAUCAGGCGAUAUCCUGGUCUGUAUGGGUGAUUAUAAAUAUUCACUGUCAGGCAGAGUGGUCAAGUACAGUAGCAUUGGGGAAAUAGUUCAAGUGUUCCUAGAGGACCAGAAUGGGAAGCGACUUUUUGUAAAUCCAUACUUUGUGUGUGAGAAUGUGAAUGGCGAUAUCUGUAUUUCUGAUAUUGAGACCAAGAACUCGAAAGUUGUCGUUCUGAACAGAUCAGGAGAGCUUCUGUUCAAAUAUUACGGUAAUAUGCAACUUAAGACAUCAGAAAAGGAAUUUAAACCGCUUGGCUUAGCUACCGACAGUCUUGGUCAAAUCCUUAUAGCAGACAACGCCAAUAACGCUGUACACCUUAUCAGCCAGGAUGGGGACUUCCUGUCUUACAUCCUGACAGAGAAUGAUGGGAUAUCACUUCCACACAGAAUAUCUGUGGACACGGCUGAAAACCUGUGGAUGGUAGAACAAUACAAAGCCUGUGCCAAACUGUACCAGUAUCUGUCAUAACUUUUGGCCUUCGUUUUCGAUAUGUUAUUCAUAUUUAUACAUCACUACAUAUACUAUACAAAAUAUCUUGUGAUAAAAACAGUAGACAGAGACAAUUACGCCGAACGCCUGAUCAGCCAGGACGGGGACUUACUGUCUUACACCCUGACAGAGGAUGAUGGGAUAUCACUGUGGACGCUUUCGACAAUCUGUGGAUGGUAGAACUCAUCAAUGUCUGUGUCAAGUUUUAUCAGGUUUUAUCAUAUUUUGGAACAUUUAUGUCUGUAUUUCAAUUAUUGUUUUCAAAUACUACAGAAAAUGUUUUUUAAGGAAAGAAAAAUGAAAUUAAGCUCAAAAAACAAUGUAACAAAAUAUAUGACAAAGUACCUAUAUCUCUCCUUUAAUCUUGCCUCACUUGCUUUGAGCCCUUCUUGAACGAAUUAAAAAGUAAUUUGUUGAGAGAUAAAAAAACUAUUGGAAAAAUGACGACCCAAGAAUAAAAGUGGUCUGUCAACAUUCAA